AGCCCAAGCCGAGCGCACCGGUGCUAACAGGACCGCAGUUGGGAUUCCCACGCCCCUCAGACGGCCACAAGACUCGGGUCUCUGAAGAGUCAGCCUCCUGGUCUCCUGAUCAGCUUCUUAAAGAAAUCUUUCUAGGAGCAGUGUGAGGAAGACAGGCACCUCCUGGACAAAGCCACCUGCCAAGCACUUACAGCCACCAUGCCCAAGAGAAAGGCAAAAGGAGAUGCUAAAGGUGAUAAACCAAAGAUGAAGGAUGAGCCACAGAGGAGAUCAGCACGGUUGUCUGCUAAACCUGCCCCUCCAAAACCAGAGCCUAGGCCUAGAAAGGGCCCUGCAAAGAAGGGAGAAAGGCUUCCCAAAGGGAGAAAGGGAAAAGCAGAUGCUGGCAAGGAUGGGAACAAUCCUGCAAAAAACAGAGAUGCCUCUACAGUCCAGUCCCAGAAAGCAGAAGGCACUGGGGAUGCCAAGUGAAAUGCACUGGGGAUGCACUUUUGAUAGCUCUGUACUUUUAGUGACUCUAGUAUUUGAAAUACUAUUUUUUUUAAUCAAGUUUUAUAAAAAUGUAGAAUUUUGAGGGUUUUUUAUGUUGUUAGCACACAGGACACUUUGUUGUUCUUUGUGGAAAGGGCAAAUACCACUAAUAGAAUGUGUCUCAGAAACGGAAUUGAAAUGGAGGAAAGUAGGAUUUUCUGUCUUGGUUUUUGAAGAUUGUUCUUGGUUCCCGGGAGAGCGUCUCUGACAUUCACACAUUAGCCGCUUUGGCACAGAAGCCUUACAGCAUGGGGAAGCUAAACUUAAUGUCCUCCUUCCCUGAUGCCAUCAGCAUAGGCUUAGCCUUGCCACUCCUAACAUCAACUGUGUUAGGUAAUAAAACUCAAGCUCUCAAGAAAUGACAUUGAGAUGUGGUCACUCAAAAAAGCCAAGAUUCCUGUUUUCAGUUUGUGGAUUCAUCCCCAUUGAGAACCCUGCAGGUCGUAGUUCAUUUCCUCCAUGUCAGAGUUGGCCUGUGAAAAGCUUACAGAUGCCUCACAUAAAGUGCCCCAGCCUCCUGAAAACCUUUCCUGUUCAAAGCAGCAACAAAAGACUUUACUGACUUUUAGAAUGGACUUUUGUAGGAGAGGAAUUUAGAAGUUAUAUAAUAAAAGGUUAUAGGUUGUCACCCAUGACCUACUGGAAGUAACUGUUUUUGAAAAUUAUCUUGUAAAGCUGAAUACAAUUUGGCUUAGGGAGAUCAUUUCCUACCCAGAGUCAUAAAGGUAUUCUUUAGUGUUGUAAAAGUUUUGUAGUUUUGUUUUUCACAUUUGUCUUUAAUCUGUCCUAAACUGAUUUUUGUGAAAAGCAUAAGGUAGAAGUUCAGUUUAAUAUUUUUUUCCCAUAUGGAUAAGUGCUUGUCUUAGCACUGUUAAGUUGUCCUUUCCCCACUGAUCUGUAACCCUGGCUCUUUGAUGUAUGUGGUUCUGUUGAUGGUUUUUAUUCUGACUCGCUUGUCAAUUUAUCUAACCUUGUGGUACUACUAUACAGUCCUGAUUACUUUAGAAAAAAAUCUUGAUAAAAACCAAGAUGCCUCCAAUGUCUUGGCUAUUCUCAGACAUUUGCUUUCCAUACAACUUCUAGGAUUAGACUGACAAGUUCUAAAUCAAACCAAAAACCAUGUUGGAAUUUUGAUGGGAUUUGUGUUAAAUUUAUAAAUUAAUUGGUGAGCCAUCUCAUCUUUACAGUGUUGUCUUCCAAUCCAAAAACAUGGUAU